CAGUCAACACAGAGAGAGAGACAGAGACAGAGAUAAAGCUUCCUGCAAAACGUUAUAGAUUUAUUAGUGGGAUUAUUGGUUGAGUCUUUUCGUCCUCUUCAGUCACAUUAUGACAUCUAUAGACGAAAACAGCAGAGAAAAGAUGCGCUCUGUGUCGGUGGACCUAAACAAUGACGCCUCUCUUCUCAUUGACAUUCCUGAUGCACUCUGUGAAAGGGACAAAGUCAAGUUUACUGUCCAUACAAAGACCACACUUAGCUCUUUCCAGAAGCCAGACUUCUCCGUUCCCAGACAGCAUGAAGACUUCAUCUGGCUACAUGACACUCUGGUAGAGACAGAGGACUAUGCUGGCCUUAUAAUUCCUCCAGCGCCCCCAAAGCCUGAUUUUGAGAGCCCAAGGGAGAAGAUGCACAAAUUAGGGGAAGGUGAAGCCACUAUGACCAAGGAGGAGUACACUAAAAUGAAGCAAGAGUUGGAAGCUGAGUACCUGGCUGUGUUCAAGAAAACUGUCCAAGUGCAUGAAGUCUUCCUGCAGAGAUUGUCGUCCCACCCCAUUUUAAGCAAAGACAGAAACUUUCAGAUUUUCUUAGAAUAUGACCAGGAUCUCAGUGUCAGAAGAAAGAAUGCCAAGGAAAUGUUUGGAGGAUUCUUUAAAAACAUGGUGAAGUCAGCUGAUGAGGUCCUUAUCUCAGGAAUAAAGGAAGUUGAUGACUUUUUUGAGCAGGAGAAGACGUUCCUGCUUGACUACUACAGCAAGAUAAAAGAUUCCACUGCCAAAGCAGAGAAAAUGACCCGCUCACACAAAAAUAUCGCGGAUGAUUACAUUCACAUCUCUGCCACUCUGAACAGUAUCUCUGCUGAUGAUAGUACAGCAAGUAAGAAGCACCUGGAGAAGUUGUCAGACCUGUUUGAGAAGCUCAGAAAAGUGGAGGGAAGAGUAGCAUCUGACGAGGAGCUGAAACUCACAGAGUUGCUAAGAUAUUACAUGAGAGACAUCCAGGCCGCCAAGGACCUCCUGUACAGGCGAGCUCGGGCGUUAGUUGACUAUGAAAACUCUAACAAGGCUUUGGAUAAGGCUCGGCUGAAGAGCAAGGACAUUCCUCAGGCAGAGGAACACCAGCAGCAAUGCCUGCAGAAAUUUGACAAGCUCUCAGAGUCUGGGAAGAAAGAACUCGUCAGUUUCAAGGGCAGGCGUGUUGUGGCCUUCAGGAAGAAUCUUAUUGAGAUGGCUGAGCUUGAGAUUAAACAUGCCAAGAACAAUGUGACUCUAUUGCAGGGAUGCAUUGACCUGCUCAAGAACAACUGACAUGUUUUCAAGUGUUCCUGUCCUACCAUCACAAAGUGACCAGUCAUAGUAAAUGAAACCCUGGCCUCCCUGGGGCCUUGCAUGGACAUGAAUUCAGGCUCAAUCCCUGCCCCCACCCAUGGGUCUGAUGCUACUUUAAAUACCUGCAAAAAGACCAACUGUCUUGUAAGCACAAUGUCUUCAUGUUUACGCAGUCCCUGUGCUCUGGUCCGUGGUCCAUCCUUUCCAAGAUUGAUUGAAAUCUAACUCAAUGUGAUUGCCUCCAGAGAAUGAGGCUGCCAACAUUAAGGUCUUCCUUAUUUUUGCUCCACCGAUAGAGGUGAAUUUUCUUUUCUUCUUUUUUUGGUAAUUUCUUCUUUCACAUUAUGCACAUAAUAGAAAUCUUGUAUCUUUGAUCAUAUUGUUUUGCUCUAUAAAUCUGACUCCUUCCCCGUUUACACUCAAGCACAAAAUACUGGUGCCAUAGAGAAUAAUCCAUCAAAAUGUGCUCCCUUAAGUAUGUUUUAAGAAUUUUUUUUUUUUAAGUUUUAGGGAAUGCUUUUUCAAUAGCCAUGACCUAAGUUUUAUGAUUCAUAUGCUUAUUCUGCUGGGGCUUUUUUGUUUGGUAAUGGAACAGUUGAUGCAAGAUCCGUGCCUGGAAAAACAUCCUCAUGCUCUGCAUUCCUGGACUCUGAGAUUAGUGUACAAGCAACCCAGGCUUCUACAAGGCUUUAGUAAAGAAACUCUUCACUGACAUUGCAGACAUCUUUGAGUGUUCAAAAAUAGCCACACUUCAUCUCAGGAAUGGACAGUUGGAUUGGUGGUCCACAUUCUUGAUUGUAAGAAGAGGUUUCGGAUACCACAACUAUCAAAUAUGCACAUUCGUUUUGCAAAUAUAAAUGAAUCCUGUAAGAAUAAGUUAAACUAUUGGUUUACAUCUAGCAUUAGUAAUGACUAUGAUUUGCAUUUUGGAUUUGUUUGCACAAGGCACUCAUAAUACCUCUGCACUACAUUUAAUGUGUCCUCACAGCUCCAUAAGCCCAACCUACUCUGCCUACUCACUCUUUUUCAAUUCAGUGUGUAAUUACUGGUGUUUUUCUUUAUUUUGGCCAAAAAUCCUUUUUUGUUAUUGAUGAGGUCUCAUGUAACAGACCUGAUAUAUUUACCAGACAUCUAAGGAGUUUGUUUAUUAAAAAACAGUUUAAAAAAAUGCACUAAGAAGAUGGAAAAUAAUUUACAAUCAUGACCAGGCUCAGUGGAGUGUUAAAAUGCAUUAUAGUUUUUUUUUUUUUUUAAAUUGAAUGUAUUUCUAAUGGAUUCCAGCUGUGUGAAUUCCUUUACAUGAUGCUUUUCUAACAGAACAUUAGCAUUUUAUAAAUUUGUAAUAAUGGCAUUGAAUAAAUCCUACUUUCCCAA